AAUAUUUGUUAUUAUCAUAUCAAAACAGUAAAUUAAUUUAAAUUUAUUCAUAUUAUAUAUAUUAUAUAUGGUAUAUUAUUAAUACAAAUAUAAUGGCAUCUAAUACGAAAUCAAACUCGCGCAAAUUUAAAUGGAGCUUGGAUUUUACCAGCAAAACCAAAAAUGACAGAACUACAUUGAAUGAAAUAUCUUCACCUCCGGGAUAUAAUACAUCUUUAAAUGUGACAAGUAUAGAAGCAAAUAAAGAUGGUGAUCCAAAUCAUUUGAUAAUGAAAAAAUCAUGGGAUAUUGCAUUAGGCCCUUUGAAACAAGUGCCCAUGAACUUAUUUAUAAUGUAUAUGGCAGGAAAUUCGAUUUCCAUAUUUCCAAUAAUGAUGGUUGGCAUGUUGAUAGUGAGACCUGUGAAAGCGCUUUUCAGUACACAAUUGACUUUUAAAAUGAUAGAAGGAUCACAAGCUGCUGGUCAAAAGUUUGUUUUCUUUCUUGGUAAUCUAGCAAAUAUAAUAUUAGCUUUGUAUAAAUUUCAUAGUAUGGGAUUAUUGCCAACUCAUGCAAGUGAUUGGCUUGCAUUUGUUGAACCUCAAACCAAUUUGGAAUCUACUGGUGGUGGAUUUGCUUGGUCUUGAGAUAUUUCACAUAAUGCAAAUAAGUUAAAUGAAAAA